GGAAUCAUGAGACGUGCCGGCGAUGUUGUUUUCAGGUACACGAUGUCACCGUCUUCACUGACAGGUGUGAUGCAUUUGCUGGGAGUGGCUGUGGCUUAUGGGAUGUGCGUGUGGGUUACAUUUGCAUCCAACUAUGUAAUUGGUAGGGGUGUACUCCCGAGGCAACAGUUUGUAAUGGUACAGAGCAAGAUAUAUCCUCUGUUUUACAAGGCUAUGGCUUCUAGUAUUGGAAUGGCACUGCUUGGCCAUUUGUUGUUUCGUCGGUUUCCAACAUCACUUGGUGUGCAAGCCUUCAACCUUAUGGCUUCCCUUGUCAUGACUUUGGUGAAUAUGCUCUACUUGGAGCCUCGCACAACCAAGGUGAUGUUUGAAAGAAUGAAGAAGGAAAAGGAAGAAGGUGUGGGAAAAGAUGAACCAAUUGUUGUUGGUUCUGCGGCUGCUGACGAAACUACUACUACUACUACUGGAGGAGGAGGAGGAGGAGCAGCAGCGAAGAAGCCUAAGAGUGUGAAGCCAGGGCUGAAUUCAACAUAUUCAUCUAUGCUCAAUGUUGCCACUAUCAUCUCCCUUACUUGGCACCUUGUCCACAUAGCCCAGCAUCUUCAUCAUAAUGCUUUUUAAGGACAUUCCUCUGCUUUUGUGUAUAUGUAUAUGUGUUUGGUUCUUUGUACCUCAUUUUCUUGCCAUGUUAUAUUAAUGUUAGUGUGUAAUGUUCUUCCAAUAAUAAUUCAGCUUGGACACAACAAGAGAGAGAGAGAGAGAGAGAGAGAGAGAGAGAGAGAGAGAGAGA